AUGAGAGGCGCGCCAGGGCCCGGUGCACGCGCGAGCCGCGGCCGCCUACCCGGCCCAACAGCUGCGCAGGCUGGAGCCUCCCCCCGAAACGCCAUGGAUACAGCUAGUCACAGUCUAGUCCUCCUGCAGCAGUUGAACAUGCAGCGUGAGUUUGGUUUUCUCUGUGACUGUACAGUUGCAAUAGGAGAUGUUUACUUCAAGGCCCACAGAGCAGUGCUAGCUGCUUUUUCAAACUACUUUAAGAUGAUAUUUAUUCACCAGACAAGUGAAUGCAUAAAGAUUCAGCCUACAGAUAUCCAACCAGACAUAUUCAGCUACUUGUUGCACAUCAUGUACACUGGAAAAGGUCCAAAGCAGACAGUCAACCCCAGCCGGCUGGAGGAGGGCAUUCGAUUUCUCCAUGCAGACUACCUUUCCCAUAUUGCAAUUAAAAUGAACCAGAUACUUUCCCCAGAGACGAUGCAGUCUUCAAACUUAUAUGGAAUUCAGAUCUCAACUGCACACAAAGCAACAAAGGAAGGUCUUGGAGCAAAAGAAAAUCUGACAAAUGCCAGCAACAGGUCUGCUAACCAGGGCGAUCACCCACAGUUACAGCUCUCACUUGCCAUUGGACUAGAUGAUGGUACCCUCGAACAACAGAUCACCCAUCCUUCCACCCAAGCAGCUGUCAAACCAGUGGAGGAGCUUCAGAAAUCAUCUGUGUCUAUAAAGCAGGAGAAAUGUGACCCCGAGCCAGUGGUAUCCCAAAGUCACACGUCGCCCUCUCCAGAUGUUUCUAAAACUAAUCUCAAAAUGCAUUUAUGUCAUUACUGUGGGGAGCGUUUUGAUUCCCGUGGCAAUUUACGGGAACACCUGCACACUCACGUCUCUGGCUCACUUCCCUUUGGCGUCCCAGCCUCCAUCCUGGAGAGCAAUGACCUUGGUGAAGUGCAGCCUAUUACUGAAAAGGGGGAAGCUAUUGAAAGUCACCGGCUCGGUGCCUUCCUACUGAAAGAGAAUGAGCAUCCGUCAGAACAUCCAAGCCAUAGUAACACAGAGCCGUUACAGUAUGGCCAGUUGUCGCUAAUCUCCAAAGACACUGAGCCUGUGGAGUUAAACUGCAACUUCUCUUUUUCAAGAAAGAGAAAAAUCAGUUGCACAGUCUGUGGCCACAAAUUUCUCCGAAAGAGCCAGUUGCUGGAACACAUGUACACACACAAAGGGAAACAAUACAAAUACAACCGAUGCCAAAGGUUUGGUAACCCAGUAGCCCACAGGUUUCAUCCUUAUUGUGACAGUUGGUCUGAUUGUACAGUAAAAAGUUCCAGGCUCUCUCAAGAUCACCUAGAUUCAUCAUGUGCAUUGGAGUCUGAUCUUGCUCCAGAAAAUGUUGAUGCAAUCCUCGUAGAAUAGCUUUGUAUGUUGCCUCUGAUGAGCUGAAAGCAUGAAUGCUUCAAUUUGUUUGUGUCCUUCCAUUUUGCUGAAUGUUCUGGGUACUCUUCUGAAGUUUUCUCUUCACCUAACAGCUCUGUCUUCAGCGAGAUGAGACUGUAACAAUUAUGUAUACCCUUUUACUUGGAUAUUUAAACCUUAAAAUCCAAGUUGAUUAGAGAACAAGCUAUUUGUCGGCGGUAUCCGGAUAACUUAGAUCCAUCUUUCAUAAAUGACCACUUAAUUGACCUGUGUGUUACCCAAGAUGAGAUUGUAGAAGUUAGUGAGUGUGGGGUUUAAGCAUCUAGUAUACUGAGCAGAACUUUAGGACUGAGUGUGUGUCCUUAGAAUUAUUCUGAAACCAAAGUGGGUGGAAUGUGUUCAGAGGAUAUUGCUUUUCUUGAUUAGUUUUUUUUUUUUAGGUUAAUAUCAAUUCCCUAGAAAGAGAGAAUAACCCAAAGUACAGAGGACAUGUGGGAAAUGAACAAGCUACAGCACAUAAACUUCAGGCUGUUCCCUUUUCCUGGUAAUCCCAGGGGUUGAUGUAGAGACAGUGGCCCUGGUUCAGCAAGCGUUUGCAGUCCCAUUGACUUUGAAUACAUUCUUUAAGUGCGGCAUCUGCUUCAGUGCUUUGCUGCAGGAGGACUAAUGUGCAUCCUUCCCCAUUCCAAGCCCAGCAGGCCUCCCCGUGCUUGAUCAGUCCCCUCCACAAAUGUGGAACCAAGUCCUACUGAAGCUCUUCAAAGGGUCCCAUUAAUGAACCUUCCUCUGUAAGAUGGAAUGAGAUCCAGGUGAAGAAUCUCCUCCAAGAGGAUCUAGGGCAGGGGUCUGCGGACCCCCUGCCCUUUCAAGGGGGCUGCGGGGCCCCGCAGCUGAAGCCCCG